AUGGCAGCUAGAAGCAUGAAUGGAGCAAUACUUGCAGCGGUCUUUAUAGUUGCAGCGACUUUAUGGACAGGAGCUGUGGCACAAUCAAGUUCAAGUUGCACCAGUGUGCUCAUUAGCAUGUCUCCGUGCUUGGAUUACAUACAAGGAAACUCAUCAACACCAUCUUCUUCAUGCUGCUCUCAGCUUGCUAAUGUUGUGAGGUCACAGGCUCAGUGCCUUUGCGAGGUCCUCAACGGUGGUGCCUCAUCAGUUGGUGUCAAUGUUAACCGGACUCAGGCAAUGGCUCUCCCAACAGUUUGCAAUGUUAAAACUCCCCCUGCUAGCCAGUGCAAUGCUUCUUCUCCCUCCGGCUCUCCAUCAGGAACAUCAAAUUCUCCUUCAGGUGGUGGUUCUAAGACUGUUCCAACAACAGGUGAUGGCGCAUCAGCUGGGAACUCCACUAAGCUGUCAUUUUCAAUGCUCUUCUUCUUGCUUUUCAUCGCGUCGACGCAGGCUUCAAGCUUUAUCGCCGUCUAAGCUACUCUGUCACAGUUUAGUAGAUACAGAAGGAUUGCAGUUUUUGAUUUAUUGAUUUUCAUGGUGUUAUUAAAUUAUUCGGAGGAAUAAUUUCUUGUGGAAUGUAUUGGUUUAUUACUUGAUUUUAUUCAGAUUUUUAAUAAAGAUGCUUUCCAUUUUCAUAAAUAAUGUAUAUCAUAUGCUUCAGAGUAAAUUAUCACUGGUCUACUAACCAGAAG